CACAAUACUUUCCAUUAUUUUAAUGCUUCUUGAUAACAAUAAUUUCUCCCAAAUGAAAAGAUUACAGCUUUCCAUUAUUAGAGGAGGAAGAAGAAGAGGAGAAGGGCCUUUUAAAUUCUUUCUCCUUCUUCUGUUAUUCUACGCACCCAAUUCUAGGGUUUAUCCAUGCAUUGCAUUCUCCCCACUUUAUCCCCGAGCUUCUUCUGACUGAAAUCCGAUGGAUUUGUGGAAGUUUAGCUGUUUGAUUUGCCGAUUUUCAGUUCUGCUGGUAAUUUCCGGCGUCCAUUCUGGAGUGAAGGCAGGUGACAUUGUUCAUCACGACGAUUUAGCCCCGAAGAAGCCCGGAUGUGACAACGAUUUUGUGCUGGUGAAAAUUCAAACAUGGGUUGAUGGUGUAGAAGAUGAAGAGUUUGUUGGUGUUGGUGCUAGAUUUGGCACUACAAUUGUGUCACAGGAAAAAAAUGCACACCAAACUCGCCUCUCUCGAUCAAAUCCCCGAGAUGGUUGUGGUACUCCAAACAACAAGCUUGCUGGGGAUGUCAUCAUGGUGGAUCGAGGGCAUUGCAAAUUCACUGCAAAAGCUAAUUAUGCAGAAGCUGCUGGUGCUUCAGCAGUUCUUAUAGUAAACAACCAAAAAGAACUUUACAAGAUGGUUUGUGAUCCUGAUGAAACUGACCUCGAUAUAAAGAUACCUGCUGUCAUGCUUCCCCAUGAUGCUGGUACAUCCUUGGAGAAAAUGCUAUUGAAUAGGUCUUCAGUUACUGUACAGCUUUACUCUCCACAGCGGCCAGUAGUUGACAUAGCAGAAGUAUUCUUAUGGCUGAUGGCUGUUGGGACUGUAUUGUGUGCAUCAUACUGGUCUGCUAGGAGUGCUAGAGAAGCAGAUAUAGAACAUGACAAGUUCUUAAAGGAUGCUUUGAAUGAACUUCCCGAGACUGAAACGGCUCAUACUAGCAAUGUGGUUGAUAUCAACAUGACAUCAGCCGUUUUAUUUGUUGCCAUUGCUUCCUGUUUCUUGAUCUUGUUGUACAAACUUAUGAGGUUCUCAUGGUUCUUUGAGCUCCUAGUCGUAGUCUUUUGCAUUGGGGGAAUAGAGGGCUUGCAAACCUGUUUAGUGGCUUUGCUAUCACGGUGGUUCAAGCAUACGGGAGAUACAUUUAUCAAAGUACCCAUUUUCGGAGCAGUGUCAUACCUUACUUUGGUUGUCUCUCCAUUCUGCAUAGCCUUUGGAGUUAUAUGGGCCGUCUACAGAACACAUUCAUUUGCAUGGAUAGGUCAAGAUAUACUUGGCAUUGCACUGAUCAUCACUGUUCUUCAGAUUGUACAGAUACCUAAUCUCAAGGUGGGAACGGUUCUACUGGGUUGCGCCUUUGCGUACGACAUAUUUUGGGUGUUUGCUUCUAAGAAGCUGUUCCAUGAAAGUGUGAUGAUUGUGGUAGCCCGAGGCGAUAGAAGUGGGGAGGAUGGCAUUCCUAUGCUACUGAAGAUCCCACGGUUAUUUGAUCCUUGGGGAGGUUAUAGCAUCAUAGGAUUUGGUGACAUCCUACUACCUGGACUGCUGGUUUCAUUUUCACUGAGGUAUGAUUGGCUUGCAAAGAAGAAUCUCCGAACGGGUUACUUUUUGUGGGCAAUGUUUGCUUAUGGAUUAGGUCUUCUUGUCACAUAUGUUGCAUUAAACCUGAUGGAUGGUCAUGGCCAACCAGCACUUCUUUACAUUGUUCCAUUUACUCUUGGGACGUUUUUGGCAUUGGGAAGAAAGAGAGGAGACCUUAAAAUCCUGUGGACAAGGGGAGAACCGGAGAGGGUGUGCCCGCACGUACAUCUUGAAUCAACCGAAGAGUCGAAUGAAUAAAGUUGAAGACGUCUAUAUGUGUGUAUAGAUAGCUCUAGAAAGUUGGCAUAAUCUGCAGAAGUUAAUUGCCAACUAUUGUUCUGGUCCAAAAACCAGCUGUAUAUUGCCUGGCUUAAUAUUGCAAAUGAACUUGCAUUUGUAGCCUAUGCACAGUUAUUAUUUAACAAAAGAAAAGUUUGUGAUGCUUACUCACCAGUCUACCCAAUUAAAGGCCAUCCUUCCUCUACGAUUGGAUCACCAGUUUGGGUACACGGGACAGGAGAAAAUCAAGUCUUGGCUCAAGUAAUCUUGUUUUGCCAUGGAUGAUGAAGUACUGGUACAACCCCCUAGAAUCGAGAAGAGUUUAUUUGGCUACAACUUCCACGAAUUCAGGUCCUGGGAAUGAUUUUCGUGGAAGUUGGAAUAAAGUUGGAGCAUGUUA